AGUCAUAGAAAAGAAAAAAAGAAGUUGCUGCCUUUGGUUUCAGAUUCUUAUUAUUCGAUAGAUUUAGAGAUUUAAAGGGGGAAUCUACGGACCAAACAGUGCUCUCUGCCUUUCCAAAUGCUAACAGCCUAAUACUGCUACUACUUUCUUAGCAAAUCACUCUUCCUUUUCCGUUCCCUACUUUCUUAGCAAAUCUCAGUCAGUCAUCUUUUUAAUCCCAUUGAAAAUUUUCAAUUCUCAACUGAUUUUAUCCCAAUUAAAGAUAACAUGGGAAGAAGAAGAAGAAACCCAAAGAAUGAGUGCUGAGGAGCAGGCUGAUUUUUAUUUUUAUUUUUAUUUUUUUCGGUCAAAAGGAGCAGGCUGAUUCGAGGGGGCGAUUUGAAACAAAGAUGCUCCUAUGAUAUGUCGUUACUUCACUCUAUUGCUUGAGGAGGAGCUGCUGCUCACUGCCAUCGCCUGUGUGUUUUUAUCAUCUGCACGAGCAUUCUCCAAGAAUUGAGAGUUUCUUUCUUUCUUUCCUUUUUUUUUUUUCUUCUUUUUUGCUCUGGUGGUAAGAAAAAGAAAGAAAUAAAGAAAGAAAGUGCUGCUGGGCUGCUGCUGCUGCUGCUGCUGCAUCUGUCCAUCUCCUCAAAGAGUUAAAACUCGCAGCGUAUCAAGCUGCUUUGCAAUCUCGCAACGGUUCCCCCCUUCCUCUCUCACUCUUUAGCUUUAUUCCCCACUCCGCCCCUACCCGUCUUCUAUCUACAGUUACCGUUGUACUUUAGCUAUCAUUUUGCUUUGCGGUAUAAAAAAAAGCAAAAGAGAUGCACAUUACACAUUAACUCGUGGAGUGUUAGCGUACUGGUACGGUAAGACCGUAGUAGUAACAUUCUUCCAUUCUGGGGCAGAUUUACAACUUGUAGUUUUUUCAAGAUUGAUUGAUUCUACGUGGCCUGACCUCCCUUUUUUGGUUCAAUCCAAAAUCGGGGGGUGGGGUUCGACCUUGGCUACUUGUAUCCAUUCUGGAUCUCAGAUCCAUUUCCUCCAAUAUAUAUUACUACUCCCAACUCCCCAAGCAGUAAUAAUAGUUAUGUGUAAUUAUUAGAGUGUUGUUCAAAAAUUUCCCUUGUUCUGAUUGUACGUUUUGAGAAAGAUUUCAUAAAAUUCAAAGAAGAAGCAACCCAGCAGCAUCCAUGGGAUGGGGUUUCUUACAAGUCUCUCGAUGCUUAUCCUCCUUACUUGGCUCUUCUGGUUGCCUUCUCCUGCUGCUUCACUUAGCGCUGCACGGGCCCUGGAUGCACUUCUCCAGGACUCUGCUUACCGCUCAUUUGUUCGCCCCAGGACUGGUGUCGUCUACGAUGGACGGGUCCCCUCCAAUUUGACUGGGAUUAAGGUCUCGGGGUUAAGGCUCCGGAGUGGCAGCUUGAGGACUAGGGGCGUCCCGAUGUAUAAAGAAUUUCAGCUUCCCGUGGGUGUUGUUGAGGAGCCUUACGUGGAACGCCUUGUUUUUGUGUAUCACAACUUGGGCAAUUGGUCCUCCCUCUAUUACCCUUUACCUUCUGGUUAUGUUUUCUUAGCCCCAGUCCUGGGUCUCCUUGCUUACGAUGCUUCCAACCUCUCGGCUACUAACUUACCCGAGCUGGAUAUCAAGGCUACCGAACAACCCAUCUCUAUCAGAUUUUCAGAGGUCAUGACCAGAACAGCAGUACCGGAUGGGUCGGUUCCCAAGUGCGUCUCCUUUGAUUUGCAGGGCCUUCUCAAUUUCAGCGCUAUGUUAUCUGAGAACACCUGUGCAACAUUUCGAGAGGGGCAUUUCUCGAUUGUGGUCGAGUCGAUUGGCCCGUCACCUGCACCCGCGCCGCCUCCAGCUCCUCCUCCUCCUCCUGGUGGCAAAGGAGGAGGAAAGAAGAACCACCACCAUAAAAAGGCGGUCUGGAUAAUUGUGGGUUCCGUGCUGGGGGGAUUAGCACUCUUGGUUCUCUUAGGGCUGCUCGUCGUCUGGAUGCUCAAGUUCAAGACGAGGAAGAAAAUGCAACAGAUGGAAAAGGCUGCAGAGGUUGGGGAGGCGCUGCAUAUGACUCGAGUUGGGAGCACUAAAGCACCUUCUGCUACUGUCACGCGGACGCAACCAACCCUUGAGACUGAAUACGUGCCUUGAGCAGUCACCACUGCUCACCCAUCUCAUUCAUUCGGUAUUUUUUUUCCCUUGCUUCUUGUUGGUUGCUUAGUAUUAUAGGCGGAUUAUUUGUGUACAUAAUAAUCUGUUACCUCCCUGGAUUGGGGGAAAAAAAGAAAAACAAGAAUUCAUUUUUACGCUUGUAUUAUCUGUGUAAGGCGGCGUGGUGGUCUGCAUUUAGGCUGCUGGCUAGAGUGAUUUCAUUUUUGACCAUGGAUAUUGCUGUUGUCCCAUCUACAAGAAAUAAAGAAAACAAAAAUUCCAAUUUGAUGUUUUUGCGAUGGCAUUCUUCAUCUGAUGUUUACACAAGAAGGCGAGUGAAGGAGGAGCGUUUAGCUUUGGUCUAAAGCUGUUGGCAACUUAAUUGGAGUAGUUGAUGAUGACCGGGAUCAAGUAGUAAACUGUCUCCACGAGGCUUCUGGUAAAACCCGGGCGGGAGGUUUUAGGCUGCCUGGUUGAUACGGUACUUAAUAUAGAGAGACAAGGUACGACUAAAUGCUCUGUUCACCGUGAGACUUGGUGUUUAGUCAGCUGGCUUUGGAGCCAACUCCCCUCAGAUGAGUUGAUUACCAAAUGAAGCGUAAUGUACAAGUUUUACUCCAGUUCAAAGUUCAAA